CAUUCCCUGGUUGUUUUCAGGACAGAUGUAAGUUACCAUGACAUGGAGGAGAUUGACAAAAUGCAGUCCAUUCCCGAUCUGGAGAGUGCUUUAUGCAGUGUGUUUGGAGUCGACCUCCCUGAACCCAACAGAGGAGUUCUGCUGGAGUUGUACGUCCAGAUGGUGCUGUUUUGCAGAAAGUGCAGCUUCAAAAGGGAACAAACUUCUGCUCUCUUGUCCAUCAUCAAGGCCCUCCAUGAGGCUAAUACAGAAACUCCACUCAACAACAUAGAGCAGUGUUUCAAAUACUGUAAGGAGCUUCUCCUCUGUCACUCAAUCAGGCGACCUCCCUUUAGUAUCAACCUCUUCAGCUCCGAGGAGGUGAACUGCAUCUUAAAAUACAUCCACAACAACUACAUGAGACACUACAAACUCUACAAAUAUAUUUUCACCCCACAGGUAAAACUUGAUUUAUCUUUGACUUACUCUGGGAUCCCACACCAGGAUGAUCCUACCACGAAGGACUUUUCUGCUCCAGAUGUUGAAAAUGUGACAAAAGAAGAAACAGAGCCAAAGACAGACAGUGCUCCUCAAAUGCAGGAAGCAUCCACUGAGGAGUCAGAAAGAGCCACACCUGGUUUUAAGUCAGAGCUGAAGACACUGAUCGAGAAAGAGGUCAGGGAGCAAAUGACACUCGUGUCUGGACAACUAGAUCAGCGAAUGAAAGACAUUGCAGAUCAACACAGCAGGACACUAGAUUCUCCACAGGCGAACCACAAGGCCAAAAAAUAA